AUGGCUGAUGAGUCUCCCGAGCUUACUCCCGAGGUCAUUGAGGCCCGGAAGGACCUGUGUACCAAAGUGUCUCGCCGUUAUGUAGAGCUCAGCCGCGAGGUCUACAAGCCGGCGUUCCGAGAUUCACCAGUCACGCGCCGGCUGGGGCCAAUCGACUUUGAUCUUCUCCGAUUCCUAGGGCUAUGCGUGUAUGUUCUGAGGCAAUCUCGCGAUACGAAUCACUGGCCCAGCCCCUUCUUUCUAGGCCAGCUCGAGGUGGUGUCGGUGACUUGGGGUCGGUUUAGUCGAUUGUAUGAUAAGAUCCGUGCUGAGCGAAUACAGAAAUUUGCAGACAUCGACAGCUGGGUCGCCGAGUUCGGGCCCGAGAUCCUGCCUACGCUGGAGAAAGAGUGGCUUCCGGGCAGUUGCCCCUCUUGGCUGAUCACUCUGCAGGAUGCCACCGUACAGCGCAUUGUCCGCGGGAUCAUGGAGCAGUACCUCGGCGCGGAGGCAGCAGACCGGAUGGGGAUCGACAAUCUUCCCACGGCACCUCGGUCGCGCCAAGAAAACGAAACGUGUCUGAUCUGCCAGCAGUCACUCGCGGAGACGCAAGGAGAGCCUCUGGAGUGGUGCAAGAUCCAGUGUGGCUACGCCUUCCAUUCCCGAUGUGUGAUAGAAUGGUUUGCGUCCCCGCUUUUGGUUCACUCUCCGGCCCGAUGUCCACAUUGUCGCCAGCUAUGGCUCGCGCCGAUGGUGGGCCUGCUGGGUAGUGUCUGGCGAGAGGAUCUGUCGCUGGCAUUAUUCAUUCUUUCUCUUUCAUCGUAG